AUAGAUAGUCGAUCCAUUCAGUUCACGGAGUGACUCCAGGGUGUGAGGGGGAGUUGAAAGACUUUCAUUUGGAUUAACGUGAACGAAUAGCUCGGAGUAUAUUUCCACACAUCUUUUGUCUUUUUGUGUAAACAUGAGUGAGGGUGAAACUGCCGAGAUCCCACCUUCGGAUCCCCCCGCCGAAUCGUCCAGUGCCAAACCCGCAGCCAUGGGGGAUCUCCAGGCCAGCGUCCAGGCCACCUUCGAUAAUGGGAACUCAUUCAACACCAAGUUGCGGGACACUCUCUUGGGCCUGAUCAGCGAGAAUGGCGACCGCAAGUCCGAGAUUGAGCAACUCCGUGGCGAUCACGAGCAACUCCGCAAGGAUCACGAUGACUUUGCCAAUUCCAUGGAAAGGGAAAACGACCUCCGGAAGAACGAGAUCCGCUCCCUGGAGGAGAAACAAGGCAAGGACAACCAAGCUCGCAUUGCUGACAAUGCCAAGUUGGAAGGCAAGUUGGACUCGGAGAAUGCGGCUCGGAAGUCUGAGAUCGAGAACCUGGACAAGUGGGCCAAGGAUGAGAAUGGCGCUCGCAAGAAGGAGAUUGAAGACCUCAAGAACUUUGCCGAGGGCGAAAACGCUGCUCGCAAGGAAGAGAUUGCUAACCUGGAUAACUUUGCUCGGAGUGAGAACGAUGGGCGCAUUGCCGACAUCGCGGAUAUCAACGACAGACUCAAAAAGGAGAAUGAAGCUCGAUCCAAUGAGGACCAAGCCUUGAGUGAUCGAAUCGACAAGGAGAUCAGUGAUCGGGACCGAGCCAUUGCUGAUCUCCAGGCUCGUCUGGAUGCCCAAAAGGAAGAGCAAUCAAAUGAGCUGGAUGAGCUCAGGACGAAGAUGCUCAAGGAAAACCAGUUCCUCAAGAGUCUGGCCAGCAAGAGUAAUUCGGUUUACUUCGACGCUUACAGAAGCAAGGCCUAUGACGGAGGGGGUGAGGAGAAUCUCACUUUCCAGGGUUGCUAUGCCAAUGCCGGUGGGGGUAUGGAUCCCCAAACUGGCGUGUUCAAAGCCCCCGCCGGAGGUACCUACAUCUUCAUCUUCCACAUUGCCACGCACGACAAUAAGAAGGCGUUACUCUCAAUCCGGUUGAAUGGCGAGGAAGUGGCGUCCAUCUUUGACCAAAAUCACAAGGAUAACCACAAGAACUCCAUGGCUGGACAAACCAUCGUGAUUGAUUGCAAGCGGGGCGACGAGAUUGUCGUGUAUGCCUACACCGGUACUUGGUUGGCGGACUUCGCCAUGAACCAUUACACCCACUGGAUUGGGUUGCUCCUCAAGCCCAGCCAAGAGGAGAUCGACUUAAUGAGGAAAGAGGCCGAUGAGGGGCUUACAGGGGAGGGCAAGGCCAUUGAGGGACAGACCAAUGGGUUCUAGAUCAUGUCCACGAAAUCGGAGCCAGUUUUCCUUCCUUUCUUUCUUCCUUCAUGAUUGAUCGAUCUAAUGACAAUGGGUGACGAGCGAGAGGGGUUUUCGGAUCAUUGGAAUGUAAAUCCAACACUCAUCAACAUGAUAAGCGAUUGUAACGAGUGACAAGUUCUUUCGAGCACCUCAUCAUAUGAUGCAAAUGAUAUUUUUCAACUCCUCCUCUAUAAGCAAGAUCUGAUAUAAAUAUAGAUACACUCUGGAAAAAAGGA